AUGGAUCCAAAUAAAAACGAAAAUACUUCUCAGGGAAAGAGGAAAGCAAAUCCUGAGAGCUACUCACGAAAUAUUAUUAAAAAAUCUCGUGUCAAGGCCGAACCUUAUAAAAACUACAAGGGAGAUGAUAUCCCUGGCAGAACAUUGGGCCCUCCUUGCAGACAAGAUAGGACAUUAGAUGAAUCAGUAAGGAAGACUUCAUCAGCUGAGGGCCUUCUUAAGAAGCAAUUUGGAAUCCCCAUUAGUAGAAAUGGAGAUAUUUCCAGGAUCAGAGCCAACAUGAUCCAUGGUAUGAUGAAGGCUGCCAUAGCCCACACAUCGGUGAUGAUAACCAGCAAUGUGAUCACUAGAAAAAACUGA